AUGCAAUUGAAGAGCAUCGACACAGCGCGCACGUUACUUCGCGCGGUCAUCUUCAUCGCAAUCGCGGGCGCUGCCAUUUCGCUGCGCCUUUUUGCCGUGAUCCGCUUCGAGUCCAUCAUCCACGAGUUCGACCCGUGGUUCAACUUCCGCGCCACAAAGUACUUGGUAGCCAACUCGUUCUACGACUUUUUGAACUGGUUCGAUGACAGAACCUGGUACCCGUUGGGCCGUGUCACCGGCGGCACGUUAUAUCCUGGGCUUAUGGUGACCUCGGGUGCCGUUUGGCACGUGCUCAGAAACUGGUUCCGUCUUCCAGUGGACAUUAGAAACGUAUGUGUGAUGUUUGCCCCAGCCUUUUCGGGACUCACGGCCAUCUUCACGUACUUGCUCACAUGCGAGAUGAAAGACGCCAGUGCCGGUUUGUUGGCGGCACUUUUCAUGGGCAUAGCUCCAGGUUACAUCUCGCGGUCUGUGGCUGGGUCGUAUGAUAACGAGGCCAUUGCUAUCACCUUGCUUAUGGCCACCUUCUAUUUCUGGAUCAAGGCCUUGAAGUUGGGGCUGAUCUUGUACGGUACUUUGACUGCUGCGGCGUACUUUUACAUGGUUUCCGCUUGGGGUGGAUAUGUCUUCAUCACCAACUUGAUUCCCUUGCACGUGUUUGUCUUGCUUGUCAUGGGACGCUACUCCUCACGCAUGUACACGGCAUACACAACAUGGUACGCUCUCGGUACUUUGGCGUCGAUGCAGAUUCCUUUUGUAGGCUUUUUGCCCAUCCGCUCCAACGACCACAUGGCUGCCCUCGGCGUGUUUGGUUUGUUGCAAUUGCUGGCUGCGGCAGCCUCUGUCAGAGCAGCCGUUUCUGCUCGCCAGUUCAAGACAUUUUUGGUUGUUGGCGUUGCGCUCGUUGCCAUUUUGGGUAUUGCUGGAUUGGCCGUCUUGACCGCUGCAGGCUGGAUUGCACCAUGGACUGGCCGUUUCUACCUGUUGUGGGACACCAACUACGCUAAAAUCCAUAUCCCUAUCAUUGCCUCCGUGUCAGAACAUCAACCGACCGCAUGGCCUGCGUUUUUCUUCGAUACGGGAAUGUUGGUAUGGCUCUUCCCAGCUGGAGUAUACUUCUGCUUCCGCGAAUUGCGUGAUGAGCACUUGUUUGUGAUCAUAUAUGCCGUUUUGGGGUCUUAUUUCGCCGGCGUCAUGGUGCGCUUGAUGUUGACUUUGACUCCUGUGGUGUGCGUGGCUGCUGCCGUGGCCUUAUCCAAGUUAUUUGAUGUGUACAUGAACGUCGUGGACCUUUUCAAGAAGGAAGAGAAGAGAGCGUUCCCAUUGAUGCAGUUGUUAACCCGUGCUCUUGUGCUUGUGUCAUUUGGUUACUACCUCAUUUGCUUUGUCUACCACUGCACUUGGGUCACAUCCAACGCCUACCUGUCGCCCUCUGUUGUGUUGGCAUCGAGAAAUCCUGACGGCUCGCCUGCUGUCAUUGAUGACUACCGUGAGGCAUACUAUUGGUUGCGCAUGAAUACUCCUGAAGACGCCAAAGUUAUGGCCUGGUGGGACUAUGGCUAUCAAAUUGGUGGCAUGGCUGACCGUACCACUUUAGUGGACAACAACACCUGGAACAAUACCCACAUCGCCACAGUUGGAAAAGCCAUGUCUUCUCCGGAAGAAGUGUCGUACGAAAUCUUGAAGAAACAUGAUGUCGACUAUGUCCUUGUCAUUUUCGGCGGUGUAUUGGGCUACUCGGGCGACGAUAUCAACAAGUUCUUGUGGAUGGUGCGUAUUGCCGAGGGUAUUUGGCCCGAUGAGAUCAAAGAGCGUAACUACUUCACUGAGCGUGGCGAGUACCGUAUGGACAAGGAUGCUCCAGAUGCUAUGAAGAAUUCCUUGAUGUACAAGUUGUCGUACUACCGUUUUGCUGAAUUGUUUGGCGGAAGAGAUGGUAUCGACCGUGUGCGUAACCAGCACAUUCCAGCUACGCGCAAGAUUACCUUGGACACCAUGGAAGAGGCCUUCACAUCGCAGAAUUGGAUUGUGCGUAUCUAUAAGGUGAAGGACUUGGACAACCUUGGUAGAGAUAUGCACAUUGCUGGCGAGUUUGAGCGUAGUUCAGACUCGUCGCAAAUGAAACGCACUCGUGCGGUGAAGAAGCCGGCUGUCGGCUUGCGGGAGUAA